AUGCGUCAAGCACUUUACAAUCCACUUCUGCCAAGAUCUGAUCAACAAUCGGGUAAACAGGCCACUCAUGAGGAACCAUCAAAAGAACGCACUCAAAACCGCAAACGUUUGGAUGACUUGGCUGACCACAGAAAGAAAUCUUGUGUGUCCCAUACACCACCUGAACGCCCAUCCCAAGGCGGCAUCCAACCACAAGAUCUUGAGAAGUUUAAUCAAUCAGAUGAGUCUGAUCAUCAGUCCUCUGCAGAUCGCCAACACAAAAUUGUUGGAAAGUCCAAGAGACAAAAUAAUUGUAAGUCUUAUUUAACUGUGACAUACCAACUCAAUUGUAAAUAUGUAUGCUAA